UAAGUAAAUAUGCAGCCAACUUGGGCGGAUCUCAAGUUUAUCUUUGGCAUGUAGUUCGCCGGACGUGAACCGUAACGCGCAGUAAUCAUGCCGACUUCUGCCUUCACAACUCAUGUACUGUGCUGUCUUUGUCUUUGGGGAUGCGUUGCAGAGAGCAUGCACACAUUACCUCAUGUGGAGCGGUUUGAUGUGGUGAGACCUAAAAGGCAGAGCGUCGGAAAGGUACAGUCCGAUAAAAGUCCACAAAGCCACGAGACGUAUCCUGAUAGACUGGCAUAUAAAUUAUUCUUUGGAGGGAAAAAUCAUGUGAUUCGUUUGGAAAAGAACAAGCAGCUCAUUGGACAUAAUUACACCGAAAUAUACUAUCAAGAUGAUGGGCUUAUUGUGAGCAGUAAUCCAUAUUUAAAGGACAAUUGCUACUAUCAUGGCCAUGUUCAGGAUUUGGAAGAUUCUUCAGUCAGUGUGGGAAUCUGUUCUGGAAUCAGAGGUUUCUUUCGAGUGAAACAGCAAGUAUACCUGAUUGAACCCCUGACCAACCAAAGUGAUGGAGACCAUGCACUUUAUAAGCGCGAACAUCUGAGGCAGAAGAGAAGGUCACACGGUGAGCCAAGCGCUGCCGUUUAUGACCGUGAGCGACCGGUGGCUGUCCCCUUGAAGUCCAGCAGAUGGAAAACAAAGCAAUUUCACACUACGAGAUAUGUGGAAUUGUUUCUUGUGGUGGAUAACACUGAGUACAGAAACUUUGAGUCUAACAUGGACAUAAUCAGAGCCAGGAUGCUGGAAGUUGCAAAUCAUGUUGACAAGUUGUAUCGAACCCAUAAUAUCCGGGUUAUGCUGGUGGGUCUUGAGAUCUGGACAAAACAUGACCAAAUUGUGGUCAGUGUGAGUUCUGAUGACACUCUCAGUCGGUUUAUUGAGUGGAGAAAGAGCGAUCUGCUUAAAAGAGUCAGGCAUGACAACGCUCAGUUUGUGACUGGAAUUGAUUUUUUGGGUGACACAGUUGGGCUGGCAAACAAAUAUGCCAUGUGUGCCGAAAGCUCGGCGGGAGUCAAUCAGGAUCAUAAUCAGAACUCACUAGGCCUGGCGUCCACAGUCGCUCAUGAGAUGGGUCAUAACAUGGGCAUGUCCCAUGAUGAAGAUAAGUGCAUCUGCGGCUCAUUCAAUUCCAUCUGUAUCAUGACAGAACGUGUAGGCACUCUAUUCCCGGACCUCUUUAGCGACUGUAGUCUGGAGCAGCUGAGUGUGUUUCUAGACAACGCCAACCCCAGCUGCCUGCUGGACACCCCCAGCUCAUCCAGACUGUACAGUGGGUCCGUCUGUGGCAAUGCUUUCCUGGACCCCGAAGAGGAGUGUGACUGUGGAACAGUGGAGGAAUGUAAAAAUCCAUGCUGUGAUCCCACGACCUGCAGGCUCACCGAAGGCUCACAGUGUGCUCACGGAGAGUGCUGUGAGAAUUGCCGGAUAAAAGAUGCUGAAAGCUUGUGUCGAGUACCUGAAAAUGAGUGUGACGUUCCAGAGUACUGCACGGGGCUCUCAGAGCACUGCCCCGAGAACGAUUUCAAGAUGAACGGCAUACCUUGCAGCUCCGGCCAGGGUUACUGCUAUGAUGGCCAGUGCCCCACUCACCUCCAGCACUGCAAAAGACUUUGGGGAACGGGUGCCAAAGUGGCUGCUGAUGCGUGCUUUGUUCAAAACACAUUGGGAAGAAAGGAUUCUCACUGUGGAAAGACCAAAGGUGGCUACAGAGCCUGUGCAAAACAAAACAUGUUUUGCGGAAAGAUUUUUUGCGAUGGAGGAAACGAUUAUCCCAUUACUGGUCAGAAGGGUGUCAUAGUAACAGUUAGGGGAUUUUGCAACAUAGCUGGAGACCAAUCCGAAGAGGACGCCCUCAGCAUGGUCCCUACCGGCACAAAAUGCGGGGACAAUAAGGUUUGCUAUGAUUAUAUGUGCCAAGACCUGAAUGUUUACGGUAGCAGUGAUGAUUGCUCACUGCAAUGCAAUGGAAGAGGGAUUUGUAAUCAUAAAAAUCAAUGCCACUGUGAGCCCGGAUGGGCGCCUCCUUACUGUGAAGUCCGAUAUUCUCAAUUGGCAUCAAGACAAGCAAAGAUAAUUGGCACCUCGGUAGCGGUUGGGAUCGCUCUACUUGUACUGGCACUAUGUGGAGCUUUGUUUUAUUGUAAAAGGAGAAAAGCCGUCGUCAGCCACAAGACAAAAACUCCAUCUGCAGGGCAUUUGAACCUUCAUUUUCAGAACAACGGUGCCAAGAGGGACCACCCUGAGAUCAGCCAGCCCAUAUUCAUGGGGACCACCGUAACUCAACCCUGCACCCCUCUGACGGCUAGAUUGGGCCCGACCCGUCCUGCUCCACCGCCUCCAGAAAAGCCUCCUUCGCAGUCGCUGCAGACCCCAUUAAAACAGGAAAUCAAGCCGAAUCUUCCUCCUGUUCCUCCAGUCAAACCAUCUUUACCAACAAGAUCCUGGAGGACAGAUGAAGUCAAAGGACACGCAGUCUUUUUAAGAAGAUGACCAGACGUGAAAUCAUUAUGUGACUCAUUUAAAGAAAUUACAGUCACUUUUAUAGUGAGGUAAUGGCUGAAACACAAAGUGCUUCUUUAACGAUGCUUUAAAAAAACACACAUACACUGUAAUGUUUGUCUUGUUAUACCCUUAUACCGUUAAGAGCGGUUUUUUGUCUGUAUGUGUAUGACGAUAUAAUAUUUAUGUAAAACAUUUGAAUGUGUGGCUGGAAAAAUAAUCAGCAGGCCAAAAUGCUUUAUACUAAUUUAUUUAUUUUAACAUCUGGACUGUUGUGGUGAGAUGAAUGUAUUUAAUUCAAAAUAUGUUUUGAAACUUUAUAAAAUGCGGCAAUGUCAGUUUGCUGAAUUGUUUUUUUUAUUAUUAUUACAUUUUGGAGUUUUGACUAUACACUGUGAAAACUGAUUUUUCAAAGUGGUAAAUAAAAUAAUAUCAGUCUUUC